UAACUUUGUGAAAACUAAUACAGUUUCGGAGAACAUAUAGUUUUUGUGGAGUUACAGAGAGCUUUGAGAAUAUGGAGAUGAAAAUACUAUUUUCUUGUUUAUUUGUUUUAUUUUCAUUGUGUUUGGCCGAUAACAUUGAUGUUUCAAUCAAUGGAGAAACAGCACAAGCUAUCACAGAUGAGAAUUUCAUAUGUGCAACUUUAGAUUGGUGGCCUGACACUGAAUGUAACUUUGGCUACUGUUCUUGGAUCAAGUCUAGUGUUCUCAAUAUUGAUUUGAACAAUGAGCUUAUGAUAAAUGCUAUCAAGGCAUUUGGAAAUCUGAGAAUCAGAAUAGGAGGUUCAUUGCAAGAUCAGGUUGUUUAUGAUAUGGGAUAUUCACUUAACCAAGUGCAAUGCCCUGCUAUGUUCACCCUGGGCAGUGGUGGUCUAUUUGGAUAUACUCCAGGUUGUCUUACCCAACAGAGAUGGGAUGAUUUAAAUGCAUUGUUCCAGAAAACAGGAGCUAAAUUGACAUUCGGAUUGAAUGCCCUUGCCGGGAAGGAACAUUCUUCAACAGACAAUGCCCUUUGGGUUGGUAAUUGGGACCAAAGAAAUGCUCGUGACCUUAUGGAAUACUCUAUAUCAAAAGGAUACCAGAUUGAUUCCUAUGAACUUGGAAAUGAAUUGUCUGGUUCCGGGGUUGGUGCAAGAAUUGACAGUGAUCAAUAUGCUAAGGACAUGAUUCAGCUCAAGAAGUUAGUGACAGAAUUGUACCCUGAUCCUACCACAAGGCCCAAAAUUAUUGGCCCUGGCGGAUUUUAUGACAAAGCUUGGUAUGAUAACUUUCUUCAGAAAUCAGGACCCAAUGUGGUGGAUGGUCUUUCCCAUCACAUCUACAACCUUGGUGCAGGGGGUGAUCCAAAUCUUAUCUUUAGGGUUCAAGAUCCAAUCUACCUGGAUAACAUUGCUCAGACAUUUCAAGAUGCAGAGGAUUCUGUAAAGGAGUUUGCUCCAUGGUCAGGAGCAUGGAUUUCUGAAGCCGGUGGAGCUUAUCAGAGUGGUGGCAGAGAUGUUUCACAUACUUUUGUUGAUGGCUUUUGGUAUUUGGACCAACUUGGCAUGUCAUCCACUUUCAAUCAUAAGGUUUACUGCAGACAAGCUUUGCUUGGAGGAAACUAUGCUCUACUUAAUGAACAAUCAAUGUUCCCAAAUCCUGACUAUUAUGGCGCUUUGCUGUGGAAUAAUCUGAUGGGCAACAAAGUGCUUGCUACCAAACACAGUGGAUCUCCUUAUCUCCGGGCUUAUGCUCAUUGCUCAAAGGACCAGCCUGGUGUUAGUGUCCUUUUGAUCAACAUGUCCAACUCUACCAUCUUUGAUGUGUCGGUCAUCAAUGACUUCAAUCUGUAUCCCGAUCAACUUGCAACGAGGAAAAAUGGUCCAAAAUCACAGAGAGAAGAGUACCAUUUGACAGCAGAAGAUGGUUAUAUUCAGAGUGAUGUUGUGCUACUGAAUGGAGUAACUUUGAGGCCAACAGAUGGAUUCCAAAUCCCACCAUUGACGCCAAAUGUAGUGGAUAAUACUGGUCCAAUUAGUGUUGCACCAGAUUCUAUUGUAUUUGUUGUUUUCAAGGAUUUUAAGGCUUCUGUCUGCAGUGCUUAAUUAGGUGAUUGUUUUAAGUCAACUAUAGAUUGGUAGGACAAGUGAGUGAGUAGUUACACAUGUAGGACCUUUUGUUUUAUUUUUCCGAGUUGGUUGGUUGUUAUUAAUUUCUCAUUAAUAAUAAUAAUAAAAGUUAAUUCUCAAAG